AGUAAACCUACUAUGCUGGAACGAACAGACAGAGUGAAACAAGCAUGCGAAGCAAAUUGUGAAAGUUAUUCAAAGUUUUAUGACUUUGUACUCGAAGUGUGCGCUAAACUAAACUGUUUAUGAAGAACUCCGGGUUCGUUUAAUCUAUGGGAUUUGCUCUUCAAGAUCCAUACGUUUUGUCAAAUUAUUUAUAAGUGUGCGUACGAUGCGGCACUGUGCCUGGCGAAACAAACGUGUAUAGUCUGUCUAGCAACUAAUAGCACACAGGGAAGAGAGCUUUAUGUGCUAAAUUCCUGAUUAACGUCUCAAAAUUUUGUUCUACAAGCCGUUGAAAACGGGUAAUAAGGCAUUUUACAAGGACUACAAAUCAAAUAGGAGUCGAAAUAUGAAUUGAGAAGAUGAGAGAUCCAAUGAAUAGCGCCGGCGUAUCGAUUUACAAUGUGGACGUCGAAAAUGAAGAUGAUCGACCGAAUGAAUUGAAUGAUCUACUAAAUAACGCGAAGAUUCAUAUUUUGGAGCAACCUAACAUGGGAGCACUUCGGAAAGAAAGAAUUGAACGGGACAGAACAGCAAUGAAGGUAUGUCAGACAUGUAUUUUGUCUAGAACAAGGGCGCGGGCAAGUGACAGUGAGAAUAGUUGAUUAAUAUUUUAAGUGAUGGAUGUUGAUAUAUUGAUAUGAUGUUGACAUAGUAGUGGCUGACUGUGUCGCAGAAGGUUGCCUUUCUUUCAUUUGAUUUUGAAUAUUCCUAUUUCACGCUGCGUGUGUGUUUAGAAACUCAUAAAGACAGCAUUAUUUGGUGAUUUCUUUUGUUGUCAUAUGUCGUGAAAUUGACAUCCUUUUCUGUAUUCCUUUUUUCCGGUGGCAGCGUGCAUAUUCGAUACCUAGCAUAAUUGUCGCAAUUAUAGCUUCUCAUAUAUCAAAGCAUAUUGUUAUGAAUGACAUUGUUUUGUUAUUUAUUUCCUUUUGAGCAGUAUUGCCCUAGCUUUUCGCACAAAACUACAUCCCCUACAGCCUGACACUGACUAUGUUACAAUAGCCGUGAUUUCUUCAAAAGUAAACAAAUGCCUGUUCAAAAAGAUUAAACUAAUAAUAGCUUCUCAUAUAUCAAACUUAAAUAGUUGUUGUGAAUAGUUGUUUUGUGGUUUAUUGCCUUCUAUAAUGUGUUAUGUGUAACAGUUUGCCCUAGCUUUCACACAAAACGUUGUUACAUAGCAAUGACUUUUGUCAUAAAUAAACCUCUUGAGAAAAUAUUCCAGUUCAUUCAAAUCUCAAGAGUUUUAAUACUUAAUUUCUCACCACAUUGACGUGUUGCUGUGGUUAUUUAGCAAAAUAUCAGCUGUUUUUAGUAAGAAAACUGACGUUCUUUCUUAAAAUAUCUUCUUAACUGAUUGCGCAUCCAUAUUUGCACAGGCACUUUUGACUGAAGUCAUUAGCAGACUAGAUAUUGCAGACAAUUGUCAAUCAGCCAUAUGUACACGUAAUUUUCAUUAAAGUUCUAUUGUUUGCGACUAAACGCUAUAUAAGUGUAUAAAUAGUGGAAAGGGACAUAUUUUGAAGUAUGCGACCUAUACUACAGUAUUUGCUCUUUGCUCUAACAUAUAUGAUAUGUAUGUAUGUAACUAUGUAUAUUGAACACUCUCGAACAUGUAGCACACUAUUUGUCUAGUUUAUGAUAAUGACCAUGAUAUAGCCCAAAUAGUUAAAAUAUAAGUUGGCUGUUUAAAAAAGAUCCUUAGUAUGUUAUAUUUUUCAGUGUUUGAAACAACCCUACAGGCAUUUCUUAAAAAGAUCUUUACUAUCUUAUAUUUUUAAGUGUUUGAAACAACCCUGCAGGCAUUUUAUAUGUGGGGGUGGAUUUGUAACCUUGAACAAAUUGUUGAUUGCCAGUGGGCCAAAAAUAGAGAACAAUGAAAACUGAUUUUUGUGUGGGUCAUUGUCUGUUACAAAUAGGGUCCUGUUGGGGGGUUGUGUGUGCAUUUGUAUCGCUUGUCUGAAUUUCAAAACUAGUACUGUCAGAAUUUCAGUGUAUUAUAUUGUUUUCUACCAUCUUCAUGUUGCAUUUGGACAGUUUGUUUCAUGUGUGCUGUUUUUCAUUCAUUUCAUGUUGCCAUAACUUCAGCAGAAUGUCACCUAUUUGAAUUUCUAACAAAUGUGAUAGUUGUUGUAUGCAAGCUUUCACAGUCAUGGCAUAGCGGUGCCAUUGUGCAGAGCUCAGUAGGCUUCAACUGUGACUGAGUAGUAGAAUAAUAUCAGAUAUUUUAAGUACUCUACAAAUCAGACAUAGUACUGCAGUGCCCCGAGCAUGUGCAAAAUAAGUGCACCACAAGCAUGAAGACAUAGAUACCAAGGCUUAUGAUUCAGAACAAACUAACAGAAUAACAAACUCACACAGCAAGUUUUAUGGGAUGCCAAACUUCGUUUGGGCACCACAGUGGGGAUGAGUGUUGAUCAUUUCUAGAAGAACCAUAGUUUAAUGCUUCAUGUACAAAAAAUUCUAACCAUUUUAAGCAUGCACACAAAUAUAUAGGUAUUGAUUUACUAUGUUUAUUUUUAUCUGCUUUGCAUAUCAAGUGUAAAUCUCUCAAUAACUAAAUCAGUAGAUUAUAUUAUAAAGGUAUAAAUUAACCUUCAUUACUUUACUGUGACCUCCAAAGGCCUCAAAUAUAAUUUUAUAAUUCUACUUUAAGGUUGCAUCUUCUACUAAGCAGAUCUUUCAUCUUAGUAUUUUUGGACUAACAAAUGAACAUGAUGUUUGAAAAAAAAAAAUAAUAAUGAACAUACUGUAAUGAUAUUGGAAUUUUAAAUCUGUUUAAUUGAUUUGAUAUUUUUCUUUGUAUGUGAACAUAUUAGGCCAAGUAAACAAAUCAAGUGUUUCACGUCCCUGCCUGCUUCCUUUUUUUAGCCACUUCCUCUUUUUUGUCUCACUUGUUUUCCAGUUCAAAUGACAAACUAUUAUUUUGAUUACUUGAAUCAGUAUCAUGAGCAUAAUUACUAUAGCUCGCUCAGUGGUGCCGUUUACACCCCACUAGAACUUUUUCCACCCCUCCUUUAAAAAAAAUGAAAAUCCGGCUUAAUCCACCCUUGAAACCAUGCACAAGUGAGUUUUUCAAAUAGCAUCAAAAUAGCACGAGUCCAAAGAACGAGUGAUAUUUAAGGCUUGAAAAAACUUACAAGCGCUUGUUUUAUCCAAAUUUCAUGAGAAACUAUCUUCAUGUUCAAGACAAUUGUAGUUUUAACUUUAAUAGAGAACUGUCCACCAACAAAGCUUUCCUGCUUUGUCAUAUUAUACAUACUACAUACAAUCAAGGCUGGCGAGAAGGGAGACAGGGGGCAAAAUACCUGGGGCCCAGAGUGCUCAGAGGGGCCCAGAAAUCUCGUUAAAAUGUUUGUAUUGUUUAUCAUCGCUUUAUGUUUGUCCUAAAUGAAAUACGCCUACUUGCACACUAUCCGCUGAUCAUCGUGAUCGCGAUCAUAAAACGUACCAAAUGUGAAAUAAACGAUUAUUCGGUUGUUUUUUCUGCAAAAACAGUUAGCCAAACAUUGUUUACAUUGCGUCUUUAUCAGUUAUGAGAUGAAAUGAGGUAUUUACCUGUAUUGAACACAUUUAUUACGUCCAUCUGCUGGUACAGUAACGUGCAUGCAUGCCGCACGUGCCAUCGGCAACGAAAUUCUCCAGCAAUUUCUUGCAAGUAAUUCGCUGGUGAUUCCCUCGUUGAUUGCGAUUAAAAAAUAGACUUGGGUGUGGCCAUCAUUGUGAGAGUCGUGAGGGACGGGAGGGGGCCAUGUUCACCUAUUUGUCCUGGGGCCCGUGGUUGCCUCUCACCGGCCUUGUAUACAAUGCAGGGUGUUAGCUAGCCCAUAUACUGUCCAUUUGACGGACUCUUCCCAUUUGAAGUAGCUAAGGGCUUUCCCAACUGGGUCUACUGGAAGAUUUUCAUUUUUUCUAAUGAGAAAGUGCAUUGCGUUUGAUUUUAUAUUAUUGCAUCAAAGAACGUUUUAUUUACUUUUUCCAUUAACUAUUUUCUCAAAAAUGUAUUGCGUUUCAUUCAUAUUGGGUGUGUAUUCACUGAAAAGAAAUGUACAAAACAAAGUGUAAUCGGUGUGCAUCCGUGUUCAUUUACGGGGAAAUAUACAAAACGAAGUGCCAUCACCCCAUCGGGUGCAUUUUUCAGUGUUCAUUCACCGGAAAUGAAAUGUACAAAACCAAGCUACCGUUGUUUGCAUCUAAGGAGAAACACGUUGGAAAAAACACUAUUCAUUAUUCCUACAACAAAGACUUUGAUCGGUCAAAUAAACUUUCCCAAUUUAUGUUUAAAUUAACGGACAAAACGGGUUUUUUCUGGCUAACACCCUGACAAUGCUUAAACAGCUUGAAAAUUUCACUUGACUAUGACUAUGUGAGUUUUGUUAGUUGAAUGACUAAAUACAAACACUUGCCAAGUGGUUAAGUGAAUUUUGAUUUUUGAUUUUAGAUUGUCAGUCCUUCAGUUGCUAAUCAUGUUAUCGGAAAGGUGAAGUAAAUUAAAUUAAUCAUUACUAGAUAAUUGUAUUAGUAAGAUGAUGAUAGAGGAAUGAGGUAAUCUAUAGGAGUAUAGUUUAUAUAACCCCAAUAUAGCCAUUCAGUAAAACUAAACACCCAUGCAGACACAGGCAACUGCCUCACCCCUCACCCCCAAAUGAUUUCUGAAAGCCUUUGAAUGGUACAGGCCUGAAUGUUGGUUGGUUUUUUCAGUAUCCCAUUUGGAUACCAGGUUACAAAGUUAGUAUCCUGGAAUACAAUAAAUUUUGACAUCUAUAAAUUUUGUGACUUAUCCAAAUAAGUAUAAUGUACAUGACUCUCAUUGUUACAAAUUAGAAUAACAACAGGAGACUCAACAUUCAACAACUAGACAGUCACCAUGAAUUUAUAAUACACUAUCAUGCACAAACUUAAACAGUUUUGGACUGGAGUGACCCUCAUUAGCAUGGGGUUUUGAAUGUGGAAAUCAAAGACUGGCUAUUUUCAAGGUGACUCAAGUAUAUUUAAAAGCUGUUGGGAGACCAAGUGCUGAAGACAUUUGACAUUAUCCUAAUGUUUGAAAUUUUGUAGUGUCUAGAGUUUCGACACAAGUCAUUCACAGUUUUGUAUCCAAAAGCAAACUUUAAUAUCCUGUUGAUAUUGGGAUACUGCACUUGUCAGACCAAGAAUAAUAUCUGUUUAACUGUGCAGCAAAGCUGUAACAAUGUUUUUACAACAAUGAAAGCAUUUAUAGCUAUAAUUUAUGCGAAUAUGUUGAUUGUUGAACAUGGUUGAAUACAACUGUAUGUUGGCAUAAAUUUAUAUAUGUGGUUAUAAAUUUGCAUUACUUUGUUAAGGAUUUGCCACUGCACCCAAAGUACAUGUGUUUUACUUGUAUAUUAAUUUAAGAGAGUUCAGGAAUAAACAUCCUAUAAAGUAUUUUACUUAUAAACACAGUAGGAAUUCAUAUUCCUAAUAUUGUUGGAAUUUUUGAAAUCAUUGAAGCAUUUUCUAGUAUUGUCAUAAGAGAUAAUUAACAAUACUGCAUUUCUCACUCACCUACAGUAAGUAAACAGUUUUGCAGUGUACCUAAUAUCUGCUUUAAUUAUCCUGUUCACCGUAUUUACCGUCCAGGCCCGAUAGAUAGGUAUAGAUAGAAAAACUUUAUUUAAAUUUUCCAAUUCAGUCGAGUGCUGUCAGUGUAAGAAACUUCUCUUCUGUGGGCAUGUUCCCCAUUUUGAUUUUCUAAGGUUUAGAAACGUUACUUCCUGCAUUCUGAAAGCAGUUUUAACUGCAGAAAAGUCAUUCUCAUAAACAGUAAUGAAUAUUAUUUAAUAGUUAAUAGCAGCCUCCCACUUACACAACUAUAUAGGGGGGAAAAGGAUGCUCUCUUCGCUUGGGCGUUUUUCACACGAUCCGCAACAUACCAGAAAGAAAAAUACUUUGAACUUGAAAUCUUCGUGUUUUAAAUUUCUUCACAAAAUUACAAAGACUGAUAUAGUGAUAGCUAGUUAUGGGCCUGAAAACCUGACUGGCAUGCAGGGGGAAAAUUGGGGGUCAAAAUUAUACAGUUUCCAACAUAUAGUUCCUUCUUGUUUAAUUAACUGCAAAUUUGAAAUUUAAUCCAAGAAAAAUGUUAGCUACGGUACGUACACAAUGGCAUUCAGAAAGUAUGAGAGGCAGGAGUACUUGACGUUUGCCUCCCCUAUAUGGCCGAUUCACACUGCACCACAAAAUGUUUUCUUCAUUUUUCAUCCAAAAUUCUUUAUUUGUUUUAUAGUUCUAACAUUUGACCAAAUUUGGAGAAAAGAACUUGAAACUCUCCAAAAUAUAUAAAUAAAUAAAAUAUUUUUGCUGUCCGCAAGUGGCGCGAAGGUUUCUGCUAUUUUGGCAGAAGAAUUUAUUGUUUACAUCAGUCUGUUCACAUAUAUGUACGCUGCGCAGUAGCGAUUCUCCGCAGCAAGCCACAAAGAUAGUUAACUCCGGCAGAGGAUUUAAGAUUUUCUUGGUCGCAUGUAGCGACCUAGGACCAAACAAGAGAGCAGCAGAGGUAAACAACGUACUACUACGCGAGGAACACAGAAACCCUCAUAUUUUUAAAGAACAAAUCAUAAUUUCAAUAAAUUAUUUGAUAAUCAAAAAUCAGUAUGAAUAGUAGAGGUAAGAUCACCAAUGUAAAUUAUUGCGUUAUAAUGCACGCGCAUUAUAGCCAAUCAAAUUGCAUGUUAUAUUAUAACAAGUAAUACAGCAGCACGUCCUUCAUGGCCUUUUUCAAGAGCUUGGUAUAUUUUAUGAAUUAUAUAAUUAUAUUGAGUCACCAGGACAAAAGCCAGACUGAAACCGAACCCCCCAGAAGCUUCAGGAUAUUCAUAAACUUGAAUAAAGACAAAUUUUUCCACACACUGUAAAUAUAGGAUAAAGAAACCAAAUUAGAAGUCUUUAAUUGUCAAUUUUCCUUUUUAGCUCGCCUGUAUAACACACGCUAACAUUCCAAAGUCGGAAUACUUUUUUAUGCACACUAUAAUAAGGACCAGACAUAUACUGUAGUACUACAGUGCGGUGCCCUUUUACGCAAAACAAGUGCACCACAAGCGCGAUGACAUACUACUUAAAAACCAGCCUACACUAGUAAAUACCAGGGCGAAGAAACUAACAAACUCACGCAGCGAAUAUAAAACAAUGCCAAUUUUCGUUUUGGGGCAUCGCAAUUAAUUGUUCCAAUAAGAGAGUGUCAAAACUAUACCCAAAUUUUUCCUACAAAUAUAUAAAAUACAUUUCUAUAAAAAAUUUUCAAAACAUCUAUAUUUGAAUAGGGAGCCAUAAAAAAGGAGGAAGCAGCUGCAGUUUGCAUACAACGUCAUUUCAGAGGAUAUAUCGGAAGAAAAGAAUAUCUGCAGCUCUUAUAUGAGCAAUUUGAAAAGGUACAUAUCUACCGUGGGAUUAUUGCGUAAUCCGGCAUAGAAUUGGGCGGAAUACCGUAAAAAAUCACAGCGUCACGUGGUAAAAAUAGUGUUUAUUGAUUAAACAAUUUAAAGUUGAGGUGUAAUGUUGUAAUGUAAGAUGAAAACAAACCUCAAUGGGCUGUCGACAAAUAUUAAUUGUAUGCAUGACUGUCCACCUCUGGGAAAGUCACACGCAGGCUAUUUAUAGUAUACCAUGGAUUAUAUGUAAAUUAGCCGUGAAAUUGAUGAAACGAAAUCACCACAAGAAGCAAAGGAAAAUUCUAAGCUCCAGUGGGAUUUGAACCUACGACCAUUCGCGUUUUAGGCGGAUGCUCUAACGACUGAGCUACUGGAGACUAUCUAUGGUGAGCAAUAGUCCUACAGUAUGUGGGUUCUCGCAGACACCCAGUCAUGUGCGAAUGCAAUCAAGUCCCAUAACUGCAUCGCGCAGUCACAUUACUGUAAAUCAUCAGAACUGAUGCGAAAGUAAGUGGGUCGCGCAUCCAUUCAUCCAUACUGCCGAAAUCAAUAUAAGUCUGAUAUGAUGAAAUGAAAUCACCCCAUUCGUACAUGACUAACGUGGCUGUGAGAUGUGGUAUAUGUACUGUAUGUCAAAAAAUCCACAUAAGAACUUUGGUGAGUAGCUCAGUGGUUAGAGUAUCCUAUUAGAUCUCCAAGGGUCGUGGGUUCAAAUCUAAAUUCGAGCUCAGACAUUUUCUGGGUUUCUUGUGGUGAUUUCAUUUUACCAUUAAUCUGCCAUCGCGCUGUUCGCGCUUGGAUUGUAAUUUUGCAUGUGACAACCAUAAUAGACUGUAUUGUUUAUUGCACUCGUUUUCAUGUGGUUAUUUCUUCAUGUUUUGUGCACAGUAAGUAUAAAGAUAGGCUUGCAGUGAUUGGACUCAAGAUCAGAGAGAAACAGAUUCGUGCCCGAAACAUCUGGAUAUGACCUUCAUGUGAGUCUGCCAUGCUAAAGAAGGCAAACAUGAAAACGAGUCCAUUGGAGCAAAAAUACAGCCAUUAAAGUCUAUUGCAAUAGCUAGAAAGGUACUUAGAAUUUUUUUUUCAUCUUGUAGGAUGAGGCUGAGAGACUUGAGAAGAUUAGACAACAAGUUGAGGAAGGAGAAAUCAUCGUUGAUAAGUACGUUUAAAUAUUUUACAAUAAUAAUGAAAUGGUAAUAAUAAUUAGUGGUAUGAAACUGGACAUUGGAAGGUCUAUAUAGAUAAAUAUUUAAAUAUGGCGCUGAUGUAUUCUUCACAAUGCGACUAUGUACGUUUCUUAAUGUUUCCGCUAUAGUUAUCAUUUAAAGCAAGAAAUGGAAGAAAAUGAUUGUCUGAGGAGAAAUAAACGGAGACAAGAAAACUGUAGUGCUGUGACGUAUGUAUUAUUGAGCUUUAGUACGGAGUACUGAAACAUUCGUGCGGUAGCCGCGAGAUUUCAUAUUUUAUAUAUGUGUACAGUAGGUUAUCAUAUGAAGGGCGAGGCGAUAUCAGUUUUAUUGCCUUUAGGCAGCCACUUACUCGCCCUAAUAUUAUUGCCUUGCUUUCAUUAGAAUUCAAAGAGUUUGGAGGGACUAUUCGGAAAGAAUGCACAACAAGCUUGUUGGUUUGAAAAACGAGCACGGUCAUGGAGUAUUGAAGAAUGGUGACAAUGGCGUCUUUAAUUCUUUUGCCGUGUCUCCUUUUGAAGACGAUUUUUACGAAGAUGAUAUCUUUCAAAAUCACUCUGAAUGUGAGGAGCACAGUAGAAACAGUUCGGAUGAGGAAUAUGAAGAUGGACACGAAUCGUGUUAUUCGGAAUCUGAGCAUAAGCCUGACCUUUAUACUGGUUAUUUAAGAAGAAGCUUUUCGGAAAACUCCGAAUCUGUAGACUUAAACAAAGAACUUCCCCCUCCUACUACGGAUUGGGAGUCAAUCGACCACCGGCUUAAUUCAAGUGGUAUACAAACCACGGACACACAAUAUUCGCCUGAUCCAAAGGUCAUUAACAGACUGUCUAUCGGACCGGAUUAUUUACAAUUGUGUUUCGGAGAUGAUAAUGCGUUAUCCGAUGAAGGGGAGACCCAUCACGAGGAAGCAGAAAUUAAGGAAUAUAUCAUUGAAGACUAUCAUGCUAGUAAAUCUGAAGAUGAAGACAAACGCGAUUCAGGGUGUAUAUUAAAAGAUGAUGCACUUAAUUUAGAGCCAGUUGAUGUGAAAAUAAUCAAACCUGAGGAACUUGAAAGUACAGAGAUAUCAGAGGAAGAGACAACCCAGGUUUUGUUACAGCUAGAGUCUGUUAGUGAACCACACGUUGAUGGGAUGGAAUCAGAUUUAUUGAGGAAGAAAUUAGAAAGAUUUAGCAUUCGACAUCUGGAGACUCAAAUCAGGGAUCUUAGGAUGAAAGUGAAAGGUAAUUUUUGUUGUUGUAACGGUCAGCAUUGGUAAACACUGAAUAACCGAUUAAUUUUGUUUUGCAUGGACAUUUUGACUGACCAAAAAUGUAUAAAAGCUAUAUAUAUAUAUUAUUUGAUUAAUAUACUCACUAUACUGUUCAAAAAGCAUUAAAGCCACAAACCUUUUUUUGGCUUUGCUGUGACAAGCAACAAAAUCACAUCACAAGUUUAUGGUACCAGACAUAUCUGUGGGAAAACAAUAUAUGUGGGAAUCGUUGAGACUGCAUGCUUACCAAAAGUCAAGUGUUUCAUCAGUCAUCUCAUUCUCCAUAUUAUUGAAUUUAUUGGCUGGGUCAAAUAGACUUUAACUUAACCACGGCUAUUUUCACUCGGUCACUCGUUGGAUUAGACGACUAAGGGGAAAGAUUUUAAUUGGCUUCUCAGAGAACCGCUAAUUACAUGAAUUGAGUUGUUUUAGCUAGCCGAAGUACGCUAUCCAGAAUCUGAAUAUGUCAACACAAAUACAUUGUUUCUUCCUAAUAGUAAUACUUUUGUUUCUUAUACACAAGUACAUUGUUUCUUUGAGACAUCGCGCUAUCAAUUUACAAGCAAGUAGAAACUACUACAGUACAAGUGUUACCGUGAGUCCCAUGGGCUAUGGACCUAUGAAGGUCGCCCGCGCCCUAGAGACCAGGAACGAAGAUGACAUAAUUAUCUGAUCAAAAUAAAGCAAUAAACCGAAUAUCGAAAUAUGGUUGACUAAUUUUUUCUCGUAUUAGUAAUACGACAUAAACCUCGAAAAAUGUUUUUUGUAUUUCACUUGCUUGAACUUGAAUGCUGCAUGGGUUUGGUGGAUAUAAUCCAAGUGAGUAUAUAUAUGAUUGCACAAUGUUAAGACCUAACCAGGAACGGUUGCGAAAAAUGCAACACUAGGUCCUCUGGCAGGAAUGGAACCUGCGACCCUGCGAUUCCAGUGGGCUGAUACUCCUGCACGGGAGUCACAGGGCCACAAGUUCGAUUCCUGCCAGAGGACCUAGGUUGUUUACCAAUACAUGGAAAACCCAUCCGGUUUGAAAUUGUGCUAAUGGUAAUUGGUAAGCAAAAUUUCGAUGGUAAACAACCCUAGUGUUGCAUUUUUCGUAACCGUCCCUCGUGCAUGGUUAGGUCUUAAAAUUGUGCAUAUAUAUGUUCACUUGGAUUAUAUCCACCAAAACCAGCAUUCGAGAUAAACCUUAACUUUGUCUUUAGUCUACCGAAUAUACAUUAUUUUAACAAUAAAAUAUUUUAAUUUCAGGAAAUUUUGCUUCAUUUUCGAAGAAGCAACAGAUGUUAUGAAUUGUAGUUACAGCAAUUAAUAAAAUAUAUAAUAAUAAUAUAAUAAGUGGUUUAAUAAAACAGCACAAUGCGCAAGGGCGGUAACUACUGUACUUCAUCUUGCACGGAUAUUGUGGAUCAGUGCACCACUAUCCUUAGACAAUGUUUUACGCUAUUUAAAUAACACAUGGUUCGCUUAGUUAAUUAGUCCCUGUGAUGAUGAAUUACUUUACAUCUGGAAUUACCGCCUGAAUGUAAGUGAUGACACUAACUCUGAGGGAUUGUUAAGCCAGUUUCCACUUCAAUCGUAACGUAUCGUAGCAUUAUUUUCUUUUGUGUCGAAGUCAUUAGUUCCACUUUAGUGCUCAGGAAACAAAGAAAUACGCUACGCUAUACGAUAUGGUUGAAGUGGAAAACUGGCCUUAUACAAGCAUAUGAACUCCGUUUCAUGCGGCUGGAGUUCACAUCGAUGUGCCCGCAACAAAAAUGUGCCGCUAAAAUCUGAGAUAUCUAGCUUAUUUAUAUAGCAUUAUCAUGAAAACUUAUGCAUCGUGUUCGUUCAUAAGCGCGGGAGAAAUAUACCUCGAACAUAGACGGAUUUGCUGAUAUAGGUUGCUUAAUUAUUUUAAAGUGUUAGCAAUGCAUUUUCGGCGUAUUUUCCAAAAUUGAUUUGCAACCGUGUGACAUGUUUUAACAUUAGGCUAAAUCAGUGUCACUCGGGAAUUUCACAACAUUUAUUAUUAACGAAGGGCAACGUGAUGAAAUUUGUUGUUGCACAUAUUAAGUGAUUCUACAUUUCAAUAUCUUUAAAUUUGAAAAUGUCAAAAUAAGGCUUCCUGUGUACUUGAAAGAUGUUUUUUGCAGUUCACUUGAUUGAACUAGAAUGCUGGGUUUCGUGGAUAAUCCAAAUGAGCAUAGUAACAAUUUUAAGACCUAACCAGGAACGGUUGCCAAAAAAUGCAACACUAUACAAUCAUGGCAAAAAUUCCGUGGACACUUGAGUGUAAACUAUUAAAGUAUAUAUUACUAGUCACAUACACAUCUUGGCGGCGUCUUUGUCUGCCUCGCUCCCCAUGUUGGUUUUGAUAUAUAUUUCACAAAACUUUAAGCAAACAAGUUUAUAAGCUUUCAACACUGAACCGGGGGGAGGGGGGAUUUAAAAAUUGCUGUUUUUGCACAUAUGUAUUGGGCAAGGCAGGUAUGUCUAUUUCCGCAAUAAUUUUUGCCAAGAUUGUCGGUCCUUUGGUAGGAAUCGAACCUGCGGUCCUGCGAUUCCGGUGCAGCGCUCUAACCAACUGAACUACAGAGGCCAAUUGUCGAGCUGUGACUGCAAGUUCAUGCAUGUAUAGAUUUUCGGGCGUGCGGGUUGUGAUAAGGUGUGUUGGACUUCACUUGGUUGAACGUUAAUGCUGGGUUUGGUGGAUAAUAUAUAUAUAUAUGCUCAUACGUCAUAGUAUACUGGAAAGACUCAAAUAUUCACUACUUGUUAUUAUUUGUUUGUAGAAGCAUCAGAUGAGUUAGUAAACGAAUUGCUGGUACGAGAUCAACUGCACACACGACAGGAUGCACUGCUGAUGGAUGUAGAAGAUGCUGUUAAGUAAGUGCUCCUUUGGGAUAUGUUUACUUCUUUUAUUUUAUUUAUUUAUUUUAUUUUACAAGUUUGCCAUUAUUAAAGAUAUAAACUAACUACUGUAUAAAUUACACUCAAUGGCUGGAAUGACCACACGGAGAUAAAAUCUCCAAUAACGGGGUUCCACAACAUACAUUAGCAUAACAAUAACUUACAGUUACACUAUGGCGUGACAGAUAUUAGACAUACAGUACUAAUAAACAGAUAAACAAAUUAACAGGCCACAAAUUGAAACAAACAACGAUAAAGACAACGACAUGAGAUCCUCAUUUAUAUUUUCAUAAAGUGAGAUGGCAAUGAAAAUUAAGUUUUUGUCUCGUUUCAAGAAAGUUUAAAGUGCAUAUGACAUGAAAUUUAUUAUUUUCUUAAAUGAAAGAACUCUUUAAGCUGUAGUGUAACUUAUAUUUCAAUUUCUUGUUUUUUUGGUUUGUUCCCUAGAUAUUUCAAUUUGUUUGAUAUGUAAAUGGUGUGAAUGUGUCCGCUAAUUUAUGACGUGACGUUGGUUGCAAGCUCAACUUACACUGGUUAUAAAUGUAUUAACUCUAAAAACUGAAAAUAUCACUUCACGUUUUUCUCCAGUGUUUCAUCACAUUUACCAGUGAGGGAAGUUUGAAGUUAUCAUCUUGGAUGAUAGCAGUGAUAUUCAACCAUUUUGAGGAGCUUGCAACCAACGUGACGUCAUAAAUUAGCGGACAUAUUCACACUCAUUUACAUGUCAAACAAAUUGAAAUAUCUCGGGAACAAACCAUAAAAACAAGAAACUGAAAUAUAAGUUACACUACAGCUUAAAGAGUUCUUUCAUUUAAAAAAAUAAUAAAUUUCAUGUCAUAUGCACUUUAAGAUACGAAGACUUUUUCAACUUUUCCAUAUCCGAAAUAUUUCGACCAAAAACAGCGUGAAGCCUGAAGGCCGCCAUGUUAGAUCGUGCUUUAAUAUGCUGAUCGUCACAACCAUGAGUUCCUGUCCGGGUACCGAGAGAAACAUUUAUUUUGCCAACCACUUUUCAUUAUGGGCUAAAACUCAAUCUUCUUAGGUUUUUCCCACUUGGUUCACAGCAUAGUAAAGAAACUUCCUUCAUUGAGUUGGAGUCAAUUACGUAGAAUUUUAACACACAUACGUUUACAUGCAAUACUCCUGUUGUGAUGUCAUCAAAAUCCCAAUUAAUUAUAGGUCAAAUAUUAAAACAAGAUGGUUGACCACAAGCUCUUUCAGGUCAAAAUAUCUCCAGGCACGAAAAAUUGUAAAAGAUCAUUAUUUCCCGUUGAGCUACUAAUCUUGAUUAUAUGUACAUUGGAACACACAAUAGUUGGUUAUCAAUAGUUUUAAGGUCCUUGAAAACUCAGCAGAGAAGUACUCUAAAUCAAUAUUAUUACAGGAGACAGUUUUAUUAUGGGCAUGCAUGUUUCCCAGAAAAACACACCAACAGAAUAUGUAGACCUUUCUCAAAAACAGCUUCACAACCUCAUUCCCGGCCUUUUGCGCGGUUUGGCAAGUAUAUUUUUCGAAUUGUGUUGAAAAAGCCGUCAAAAUUUCAAGAGCGAUGCAUUGUUGUAAUCAAAGUAUAAGAACUUUCCCACUUCAGCUUCUGUAUAGUCUAUUGCAAGUGUUCCCGCGAUUCCCAUGGCCUCUGAAGGUCGCGCGCGGCCUAGAGGCCAGGGACGAAGAUGACAUCAUUAUCUGACCAAAAUAAAGCAAUAAACCGAAUAUAGAAAUAUGGUUGACUAAUUUUUCCCGAAUUAGUGAUACGAGAUAAACCUGGAAAGAUGUUUUUUUGCACUUCACUUGCUUGAACUUGAAUGCUGGGUUUGGUGCAUGAUAUAAUCCAAGUGAGCAUAUAUAUGCACAAUGUCAAGACCUAACCAGGAACGGUUGCCAAAAAAUGCAACAUUAGGUCCUCUGGCAGCAAUGGAACCUGCGACCCUGCGAUUCCGGUGCAGGAGUAUAAGCCCAGCAUUCGAGAUAAACCGUGCAUUUGGUCUAUACCAAAUACACAUUUAACAAUAAAGUAUAUCAGUUUAGGAAAUUUAGCUUCAUUUUCCAAGAAGCAACAGAUGUUAUGAAUUGUAGUUACAGCAAUUGAUAAAAUAUAGGUCGUUAAUUAAACAGUCCCUGUGAUGAUGAAUUACUUUACAUCUGGAAUUACCGCCUGAAUGUAAGUGAUGACACUAACUCUGAGGGAUUUUGUUAUACAGGAACACGAACUCCGUUUCAUACUUUCAUGCAACUGGAGUUCACAUCAAUGUGCCUACAACAUAUAUGUACCGCUGAGAUAUCUAGCUUAUUUAUAAGCUGUUUGUGAUGUUACUCUGAGUGUGCAUCCACACCAGGCAAGCAUUGGACUAGUAUCCCAAAGGCCGCGGGUUCGAUUCCCACCGUGGCCAAGCAAACUUUUCAGCUUGCCCGGUGUGGGUACAAUUCAGAAAAUGUACUUACCAAAAGCGCGUGAACAAAGUUGUAUAGCUAUCUUGGGAAAUGUUUGUCAGAACGGGAUUGGAUAUCUUCUCUGAAAAUUCUUAAAUCACCAAUUAGUCAUAGUUUCCCCGUGUGUUUCGCUUGGUGUUGACCAAUACCUUUCUUUUAGGUAUGCACAGACAAAGCACAAGUUAUCCAAAAAAUUGUCAAAAUGAAAUUGCCACAAAAGCAACAUGGUGUAAUGUCAUCAUCCUGUACGCCCACUGGAGGAUUUUGAGAACACAAAUAGUUUUAUAAUUGCUACAUGCAAUUAAGUUAAAAAAGAACACUUGAGGUUUAUACUUCUACGAAUAACAAUGCAAAACAUGUUGCAAAUACCAUUUUCACUGUAAAUUACAUUUGUUGGAUCAGUAACCUUACGGGGCAGCUUUACGCUUUCCAUCUGCCAAUUCUAAAUAAUUAGUAAAACGAUUUGAAGGCACAGUUUAGCCAUUUAAGGCGCAUUGUUUUUAACAUUUUAAAACAUUUUUAUUGUUAAAAACAUUGAGUUUACUGAUUUUGAAUUGUGCAUAAUUGAUUUCCUAGUUAGUUUUUUUAAUUAAAAGGGCUGAAAUGCGCCUUAAAAACCAUCAAUCAAAAGGCUGAACUGUACAAGUAAGACCUAUACAAGGUUUUACUAUACCCCUGAAGAAUUUCUGUGGUAAUUGAGUUCCCCUAAUUAAAGAAUUCCCGUUAAUAGCAUUUGCCCCUUCCCUAAGGAAUCAACAUUCUGCCCUGAAGAAUUAGUGUAAAGUUGGAGACAGGAGUUCGUCCCGGGUUUUAUUAUAAUAUUUCAUAUAUGAUUAUAUAGUUUAGUGUUGAAGAGCAGGCAGAGGCCCUGUAUUUUGCGUGCUAAUCUAGGCCUCGCACGCGUUAGCCCGCAAAAUACAGGGCCUCACCUGACACCUGCUCUUCAACACUGAACUAUAUAUUUCCAUAUGUAAUCAUAUAUGUAAUGUUACAAUAAGACCCUGUGAGUAGGACACAAUUUAUUGUCGCCAAAAUUGCUGUUGCCGUGAGUAUGUUCCUUAAUGUAGUCCUUUACGUAAUGUAGAUGUGUGUAUAUUAUUUCGAUUCUCUAUAGUAUAUGUUCCAAAACAAUUCAUUGCUUGAUGUUCAAGCACUCCUUGUAGUCCCGACAGGGGCUGAUCUAGAAGUUGUCAGAUUAGUCACGCGAUUAAUGUAAAAAAAGGCAUAGAAAACAAUUUGGAUUGAGAUUUUUAAAUUGUUUACCAGCGCGCAAAUGCUUCAAUUCUGAUCACGCAAUCGCAAACUCUAUCACACUCCAGCAUACAAACUUCGAUCAGUUUUUGCACAUUGAGCCAGCGAUUGAUUAGUCAAACAAUAAGUCAAAUAAGCGGUAUUCAAAUGAAAAUUGACUAAUCUGCGUUAUACGUUAUAGUUCAUGUAAUUUGAUUGGUCAAAUUUUCUGUGAUUACACAUUACAGGUAUAUUGAUUGGUCAAACCUAUUUUGACUAAUGAUUGCGAAAUUUUAACUAAAGCAUGUGGAUUUUUGACUAAUCCUACAAAUAGAUAGUGGCUUGUGAUUGGACUAUUUGCGUAAAAGAGUUAAAGAACAUCUCCUCUGAUUGGCCUUCUAAUCUUCAAUUUUGAAGCAUUAGGGCCAUUUAUACGAGCGAAAAUAAGCCGCGGCGUAAAUAAGUCGCGAACAGUCGUAUAAACGGACAAUUUGUUCGCGACUAAAAUAAGACGCGGCCUAAAUUAGCCGAGGUUUCAGAGCUCGCCAAAACAAGCCGCGGCUAAUUUAAGUCGCGAAGUUCAUGUAUAAACGGUUUCGUGACUAAAUUUUACAUUGAAAAUGGCGUCCAACACCGAAGUUCCUGCCGUUUAUUGCAAUACCAAGACUGGCUCUCUACCGUCUGUGGUCACGCCAAAAGAUAAGCGAACGACCUGGCCACAGUCAAACGAGAGGCAGGAAUCGUUUAUUUCGGGGUUUUUCUACCUUGAAUCGAUAAUGCCAAUGCUAUGACCAAAAUAUUUAUUAAAGAUAGGGUACAGUCCGGUCUGCGCAUGCGCACACAGGAGUCGCCUGUCGUGAUAUAAACACUUUUAAGGUAAUUCCGCAGUUUUGCAUUGCGCACUUUUACUGCGCACAUCUUAUAACUUAUAAUUUCACCAUUAUACGUAC